AGUCCGUUCUGGCAGGAUAUCACUUCUAAAAUCUACUGAAGAACUGAUCAGAACACCGAACGAGUCUUUGUUUGGUCUUUGUGUUGGAAUUUAGUCACCAUGGCUGAACAUCUGUCUCAGAGUGAACUGGGCUACCCUUUUAAACUGCUGGAGUACCUCAACGGCUUUAGAGUGUCCAAGGUGAUCUUCUCAGCAUGUGAGCUGGGUGUGUUCGACCUGCUUUUGCGAUCCCAGAAGCCCCUGAGUGCAGCUGAGGUGGCGCAGGAGCUCGCCGCAAGCCGUGACGGCGUGGAGCGGCUCCUUGACGUGCUCGUCGGGAUUGAGAUCCUGGAGGUGGAGCUAAGACAAGGCACAGCAUAUUACAGCAGUACUGAUGCUGCUAAUCUGUGUCUGGCCCAGAAGAGCCCCAAAUCCCUCCAUGACAUGAUCAUCUACCAGUCACAGACCAUCUACCCUCUCUGGAACAACCUGGCGGAUGCGGUCAGGGAGGGCAGGAACCAAAACGAAAAAACCUUCGGGCUUCCAUCAGAGGACAUCUUUUCAGCCAUAUACAGGUCAGAGGACGAGAUGGUGAAGUUCAUGGGUCUGAUGAACUCAUCGUGGGUGAUUGACGGUCAUGCUGUAGUCACUGCGUUUGAUCUGUCCAGAUUUAAGUCCAUAGUGGAUGUUGGAGGCUGUUCAGGUGCUUUGGCCCGUGAGUUGGCUCAGACCUACCCUGCUUCUACAGUGACAGUCCUGGACCUACCGCAAGUGAUCCAAACAGCUCAGAAACAUUUUUCUCAAAGCGACGAUGCCAUCACGUUUCAGGAAGGCGACUUUUUUAAGGAGGAGCUUCCUGCUGCUGAUUUGUACGUUUUGGCGAGGAUCCUUCAUGACUGGAAGGAGGAGAAGUGUCUUACACUGCUGAGGAACAUCCACACGGCCUGCCAUCCAGGUGGUGGCGUUCUGCUAGUGGAGGCGAUGUUACACGAGAACCGGAAAGGACCCCUCAUGGCUCAGCUCUUCUCUUUGAACAUGCUGGUUCAGACGGAGGGGAGCGAGCACCCGCCCUCUCACUACGUGCACAUGCUAACGGCGGCGGGGUUCAGCGACGUGCAGGUGUGCAGGACAGGAAAAUCCUACGAUGCCAUUCUGGCUCUCAAAUGACCAAAACAGGACGCUGAGCAACAGACUGUACUU